UUCUUCCACUGCAGCCGAACAACAGAGAUGCCAAAUUGACUGUAAACAAAAAGAAGCAGCAGCUGCCAGCUAGUGAUGAUCAAUGGUGUUUACUGUUUACUGUCAAAUUACCACAUACACAUAAAAUUUACAACUUCUUCACUUUCCUUCUCUCUCUUCUCAUCUCCAUAGACAGACAGAGAGAGACAACUUGGAUACCAUACGCACCAUUUUUGUACGCUUCCACUACUUUAUACUCUGCCGAAUAUAUAUCAACACUGCUGAUCAGAUCACACGAUUUUCCCUCACUUUCUCGCCAUCGGUUCUCUCCAACACUGUACCUCUUCUCGAGUUGGCAAUCAUCUCAAAUACUUUUGAAGUUUAUUUGUUAGCUUGAUUUUGGUUGUUUCCGUUUCAACGCUUGGAGGAUUUUACUUCACGAGCUUUGGAUUUAGCUCUUCAAUUUGAAGAAGCGGAGUCUGAGGGGUUCGAGUUGGAAGUGAUGGUGGAGUUUGGUUUUUGUGGCGAUUUGGAGCGAGUUGUUUGGGUGGAUUUAGGGUUCAGAAGAUGAAUGGAAGGAUUUGGUUUUGAGAACGGGUGAGCCGAAACAUUGCUACUUGUUGGAUUCUUCUAGAGGAGAUCUUUCCAUCUGAGGGAGGGUCUGUUUUUCUUCUCUUCUUUCCAGAUGUCGCGGACCAACGGGAUGGCUUCGGAUCUUGGCAGGUCUGGCGCCGUUGAAAGGGAUACUGAGCAGAUGAUGCUUUUUACAAGCAAAUUGAACUCUCUUGGAUGGAAAUGCUCGAUGCAGUUGAAUUUCAAAUGCAGAAUUAGGCUAUUACUGCUCUCAAAAAAGGUGCAUACUUGCUCAAGUAUGGAAGAAGGGGAAAGCCCAAGUUUUGUCCCUUUCGGCUUUCAAAUGAUGAGUCAGUUUUGAUAUGGUUUUCGGGGAAAGAGGAGAAACAUCUUAGACUAAGCCAUGUGUCCAGAAUCAUAUCUGGGCAGCGCACAGUAUCCGCGGCCGGAAAAGGAGUACCAGUCAUUUUCUCUUAUACAUAAUGAAAGGUCACUGGAUUUGAUCUGCAAGGAUAAAGACGAGGCUGAGGUUUGGUUUACUGGUCUAAAGGCAUUGAUUUCUCGGAGUCAUCACCGAAAAUGGAGAACAGAAUCAAGGAGUGACGGUAUUCCAUCUGAAGCAAAUAGUCCUAGAACUUACACCCAGAGAAGCUCUCCUUUGAAUUCUCCAUUUGGCAGUAAUGGGAGCUUGCAAAAAGACAGUGGCGAUCACCUGCACCUUCAUAAUCCGUAUGACAGUCCCCCCAAGAAUGGCAUAGAUAAGGCAUUUUCUGAUGUGAUCUUGUAUUCCACUCCUCCAAAAGGUUUCUUUCCAUCAGAUUCUGCUACUGUUUCAGUCCAUUCUUUGUCAUCUGGAGGCUCAGAUAGCGUACAUGGUAACAUGAAGGCAAUGGUGAUGGAUGCUUUUAGGGUGAGCCUAUCAAGUGCUGUUAGCUCAUCAAGCCAAGGUUCUGGUCACGAUGAUGGUGAUGCCCUGGGGGAUGUUUUCCUUUGGGGGGAAGGCACUGGCGAUGGUGUUCUAGGCAGUGGAACUCAUAGAAUUGGAAGCUGUUUCAGUGUCAAAAUGGAUUCUUUGCUGCCCACAGCCUUAGAAUCUGCAGUUGUACUUGAUGUUCAGAACAUUGCUUGCGGUGGUCGGCAUGCAGCCUUAGUAACCAAACAAGGAGAAAUUUUCUCUUGGGGUGAGGAAUCAGGAGGUAGGCUUGGACAUGGUGUAGACUCUGAUGUUAUGCAUCCAAAGCUUAUUGAGGCCCUCUGUAAUACUAAUACAAAUAUUGAGCUUGUAGCAUGUGGUGAGUAUCAUACAUGCGCUGUGACACUUUCUGGUGAUCUGUACACCUGGGGAGAUGGUAUACAUAAUUAUGGUCUUCUAGGUCAUGGAAACGAAGUAAGUCACUGGGUUCCUAAGAGAGUUAAUGGCCCCCUGGAGGGCAUACAUGUCUCGUCUAUCUCUUGUGGACCGUGGCACACAGCUGUUGUAACAUCUGCUGGGCAAUUAUUUACAUUUGGUGAUGGAGUAUUUGGUGCUCUGGGGCAUGGAGACCGGAAAAGUGUUUCAAUACCGAGGGAAGUGGAUUCUCUUAAGGGGCUCCGUGUUGUGCGGGCUGCUUGUGGUGUUUGGCACACAGCUGCAGUUGUUGAGGUCAUGGUUGGGAAUUCAAGUUCCAGCAACUGUUCUUCAGGGAAGCUUUUUACUUGGGGGGACGGAGAUAAAGGUCGACUUGGGCAUGGUGACAAGGAAGCAAAACUUGUGCCUACAUGUGUUGCUGCCCUUGUGGAACCUAACUUUUGUCAAGUUGCUUGUGGACAUAGUCUAACAGUUGCACUUACCACCUCUGGCCAUGUCUACACGAUGGGCAGUCCAGUUUAUGGCCAGCUAGGAAGUCCUCAAGCUGAUGGGAAGCACCCCACUCUUGUUGAAGGGAAGCUUUCCAGGAGUUUUGUUGAGGAGAUUGCUUGCGGUGCUUAUCAUGUUGCGGUUUUAACUUCAAAAACUGAGGUCUACACAUGGGGCAAAGCAGCAAAUGGUCGGUUAGGUCAUGGAGAUACAGAUGACAGAAAUUCCCCUACAUUGGUAGAAGCCCUGAAAGAUAAACAAGUCAAAAGUAUUGCAUGUGGCACUAAUUUCACUGCAGCUAUCUGCCUCCAUAAAUGGGUUUCAGGUGUUGAUCAGUCAAUGUGUUCUGGCUGCCGUCUGCCAUUCAAUUUCAAAAGAAAACGUCACAAUUGUUAUAAUUGUGGACUUGUCUUUUGCCAUUCGUGCAGCAGCAAGAAGUCUCUUAAGGCUUCAAUGGCACCAAAUCCAAAUAAGACUUAUCGUGUUUGUGAUACUUGCUUCAAUAAACUAAAGAAAGCCAAUGAAACAGAGUCUUUGUCUCAGUCUUAUAUAAGUAGAAGAUCUGGUAUCAAUCAGGGGUCCAAUGAGUUCAUUGACAAGGACGAGAAGCUAGAUUCCAGAUCUCACUCGCAGCUUGCUAGGUUCUCAUCAAUGGAAUCCUUGAAGCAAGUGGAAAGCCGGUCCAAGAGAAACAAGAAACUUGAAUUUAAUAGCAGCAGAGUCUCACCUGUUCCAAAUGGAGGCUCCCAGUGGGGGGCACGUAAUAUUUCUAAAUCUUUCAAUCCAGUAUUUGGGUCAUCCAAGAAGUUCUUUUCAGCUUCUGUUCCUGGAUCAAGAAUUGUUUCUCGAGCAACAUCACCAAUAUCAAGAAGACCUAGUCCUCCACGUUCAACUACACCCACACCAACUCUUUCUGGACUUAUGUCACCUAAAAUUGUUGUGGAUGAUGCAAAAAGGACCAAUGAUGGCCUUAGCCAAGAGGUCAUUAAAUUAAGAGCGCAGGUUGAAAAUCUCACUCACAAGGCCCAGCUUCAAGAAGUUGAGCUUGAAAGAACAACUAAACAACUUAAAGAAGCAAUAGCAAUUGCAGGGGAAGAAACUGCUAAAUGCAAAGCGGCAAAGGAAGUGAUCAAGUCGCUUACUGCUCAAUUAAAGGACAUGGCUGAAAGGCUUCCUGUGGGAGCAUCAUGGAACAUCAAAUCACCUUCAUCUACUUCCUUCGGUUCCAGUCCUGCGUCACUUGAUGUUUCCAAUCUUUCUGUGAACCGAUUGAAUGGUCAAAUAUUCCAAGAACCUGAAUCAGUUACGAUGAUUGGCCGGAUGCUUUCUAAUGGAUCUAGCACUGCCAAUACUCGCAGUUCCGGCUACAAUAAACAAGGCAUAUCAGAAGCAACCGUUCGAAAUGGAAGCAGCACGAAAGAUGAUGAAUCUCGUCAUGAUGCUGAAUGGGUUGAGCAAGAGGAGCCUGGUGUAUAUAUAACACUUACUUCUCUUCCAGGUGGUCGCAAGGAUCUUAAGCGAGUUCGCUUCAGUCGAAAGCGGUUUAGUGAGAAACAAGCAGAACAAUGGUGGGCAGAGAACAGAGCAAGAGUAUAUGAGCAAUACAAUGUGCAAACAGUUAACAAGUCAAGUGUUGGUGUUGGUAACGAGGACUUGGCUCACUAACAUAACAUAAGCAAUUUACAGAUUUUACAUCGACUUGUGAGGUCAUGUUGAUUAAUUGGAUUUGGUUUCCAUCUCUUAUUAAUGGUUAAGGGAACUAGGGAAGCAAUGAUUGGUAAAGAGGGGAGAGAUCUAGGGCUUUGAUUGCGUCUUUGGUUUUUUUUCUUUUGAUUUCUUUUUUCCCCCAUGAUUUUGCUUUCCAAUUUUGGUCCCUAUACGGACCAUGUGUGGGGGUUGAAAGUGAGAAAUGUAAAUUCUUAGUAGGAUGAUGGCCGUUGUUGGAAAUAACAGCUGCCUUGUAAAUUCAUAUGGAAAUCAGUUACAGGUCUUUCUUUCUCAAGAUUAUAAAUUGAGUGCAGGUUCUGUUGGAAGCAGCGGCCGUCUAAUUCAUGAGCCAAUGCAUCUUCAGAUUCUUCUCAUUCAAUCUUUAAAAGAUUAGAGUUUCUGUAAAUCAGUUUUAGGUUUUCACUACAGAUCUCUGGUUGCAAUAAAAUUCAUUUUUCAACGUUUCUUUGCCGGAACAAAAGCAUGGCUUGUUGGCUACCCUUAUUGCUCUGAAGGACUUCUCUCCAAUUGAAGAUGCUGAAGUCAUCAAGAAGAUUUGUCUAGGUUUGGACUUUCUUCUCCGAGUUACUGUACAUCCACUAUCUAUUUUCACCUUCUUUUUCCAUAUUGCUAUAUUUCAAAAUUCUAACCGAAAUCUUUGUCAAGAUUGGGAACAGACGAGAAGGCAAUAAUUUCCAUGCUAGGACAUCGAAAUUCAUUUCAAAGGAAGCUUAUAAGGCAAGCUUACCGAGAGAUUUAUCAAGAGGAGCUCAUCAAGCAACUUAAGUCUGAGAUUUCUAGGCACUUUGAGGUUUUCUACCCAACUGAGCUUACAAUAACUACUACGUGGUGUGUGCAUGUAUAUAACCAUGCACUUGUUUUGUAAUGGAAUUGACCUUAUUGUUAUAGUAAGCUGUGUGCCAUUGGACUCUGGAUCCUGCUGAUCGAGAUGCUACUUUAGCAAAUAGUGCAUUAUAUAGAACACCACCUGAUUGUAGGGUACUCAUUGAAAUUGCAUGCAUUAGAUCUCCAGAAGAUCUGCUGACAGUGAAGAGUGCUUACCUCGAAGAAGAUGUUGCCUCUCGCAUCACCUGUGACAUUCGAAAAGUACAUAUAAAUUUCCUGACAGUUGAAAAAUUUUCUUCCUAAUCUAUGAUUUGAGUGCUGUGUAUGAAUGUUAUUGUUGAUUGCAGCUUUUGGUUGGAAUGGCAAGUUGUUAUAGGUACGAUGGGGAAGAAAUUGAUGAGGGAGUGUUGGUUUCAGAAGCCAAUAUUCGUCACUAUGAGAUCAAAGAAAGGCUUUAAACAUGAAGAGAUGAUCAGAAUAUUGGAUACAAGGACCAAGGCACAACUCAAUGCUACUUUCAAACGGUACCAAACAGCACAUCCAUAAGGAAGGGUUUGAUGUGUGAUCGAACAGACGAGUACCUAACCGUGUUGCUUACUGUCAUUGGAAGCAUUCAAGACCCUGAUAAACAUUUUGUCAAGGUGCAGCCGUGUGAUCCUUAGUUGUGCAGAAAAAGACUUGGAAGGAUAUCAAGGAAGUCUACCUAAAGAAAAACAGGGUAUCUCUGGAUCAUGUAGUGGCCUGGAACCACAUUAGGAGUCUUUUUAUUUGGACCAAGUGGAAAUGACACCAGUCCCCACCCUUGAAACAAUUAUUUUGUUGUGUUUCCAUUAGUAUAUUGAACCAUACUCAAAACUAGGUGUUGGCCUAUUAUUACAAUUUCACUCCAAGUUGUAUACAUUCAUAUACUAAAAUUUUUGUUGCACAUUGUUAUGGCAGUUGUGGAUUGCGCUUGUUAUUGCCACUAAUAGCAAUGCAAGGUUUGGGACGGCCGUACUUGUAACCAAUAUGAGAAAUUUCCCUUUCAGCAGGGGCACUGUUUCUGGUAUUCUCAAAGGGUAUGUUGGCCUUGCUGUUGGGGAGGGGGCAGUAGUGAAGAAGAAAAGAAGACUGACCAAGAAGGGGGGAGGAUUUCAAAUUUCGGAGGCCUUUAUCAAGGCUGAUUUUUGGCUGCUAUGGAUCGUCUACUUUCUUGGUGUUGGUUAUGGGGUCACAAUUCCCAACAAUUUGGGUCAAAUUGGCAUUGCAUUUGGUGUUGACGACCCAACAAUAUUGUUGUGUAUAUUCAGCUUUUGCAAUUUCGCUGGUCGGCUUGGUGCAAGUGUUGUUUCUGAAUAUUUUGUCAGGCUAAUCAUUCCCUUCUAGAGGAGACAAGGGAAAUAAAUAUUUCAGCGACUUAUAGACACAGUGGUUGAUAUUAGUGACGAAGAUGUUGAUCCAGCUGCUGCUGAAGGAGGUGAAGGAACCAUUGUUAAGUGCUCUUUCAGUGAGUCCAAACUUGAAAUCACAAUAUGUUUCAGCACAAAUGUCACCAAUUCAGCCCUUACGAUUAAUGAUUCCCACGAAUUAUCCAAAAUGCUCGCCAAUACUCUUAGACAAGUUUCCAGUUGAAAUCAGUAAGGAGUAUGAAGAUCUCUCAAUGAAAGCAAAGUCCAGGUUUAGCAUAUUUCUCAUAAGCUUUCACAACCUAUGUCACUUGGGGAGAUAGCAAGGACCUGGGAUCUCUGUGCCCGUGCAGUUAUCUCCGAGCAUGCCCAGCAAAGUGGCGGUGGCAGCUUCAGCUCAACAUAUGGGACUUGGGAAAAUUGCUUGAGCGCUGCAUGAUCAUCCUAUCAGUCUUGCUGGACAGGUGUCUAUACCAUUCAGUAUCGGGUCAUUUGUAAAGAGACAUAGUGUAUUCAUAUAUGUUGUCCAUCUUUCCUUUUGUUCAAUCUCUAAGCUUGAAUAAUAUGCAGCAUUAUACAUUUGUAUAACAUGCUGUAAUCAUUUGUUGGUGCCAAUAAUCCUUUUUUGGUGCCAAUAACAAAUGUCAUAAGUGAACCAAUUAUUAUUUAUAGAAAUGUUUGUUUACGAUGCU